AUGCCUGUGCGAAUACGUCUCGCUCGUUUCGGGCAGAAGAACAGACCUUUUUAUAGGAUAUUCGUGGCCGAUUCCAGAGCGCCAAGGGAUGGGAAACAUUUGGAAGUGGUCGGACAUUACGACCCGAUCCCGUCCAAGGACUCGCACAAACACGUUGGUUUAAACAUAGAUAGGAUUAAAUAUUGGUUAUCAGUAGGAGCGCAGCCAUCGGAUACGGUGAGGCGGAUAUUGUCGCAGGCUAAGAUUAUCCCAAAGGCUCCGACGAGAGGGAGCGCCGCAACCGCGUUAGAAAAAUAA